CUGCAGCACACACGUGUGACGGAGGGGGUUCAGAUGAGCUCCUCGGGAGGAAAUGAAACUGAGGAAACGAGCACGUCGACAGGUAGUCGCGGGACCCUUGCCCUGACCGUGUGCUCCGCAGCCAUCGGAGGUACCUUCCAGUAUGGUUACAACAUCUCAAUCAUGAACGCUCCCACCACCUACAUCCAGAACUUCAUCAACGACACUUACGCCGACCGCUGGGGCGAAAGCCUGACCAGCCCGCAGGUGACUCUGGCUUGGACCGUCAUCGUGUCGGUUUUCUCGCUGGGCGGGCUGCUGGGAGCCCUGCUGGCGGGUCCCAUGGCGGUCCGCUUCGGUAGGAAAAAGUCUCUGCUCCUGAACAACUCCUUCCUGCUUGUCGGGGCCGUUCUCGUGCUGACCUGCAAAGUGGCCAGAUCUUAUGAGAUGAUAAUUCUCGCUCGUUUCCUGGUGGGGGUGAACUCGGGCGUAAGCAUGAACAUUCAGCCCAUGUACUUUGGAGAGAGCGCUCCCAAACACCUGAGGGGGGCCAUGGCUUUGUCCUCCUCGGUUUUCACCGCGUUUGGGAUUUUCCUGGGCCAGGUUGUGGGGAUCACCGAGCUGCUCGGGUCAGAGCCUCUUUGGCCCUAUUUACUGGCCAGCAAUGCCUUGCCUUCCAUGAUCCAGCUGCUCACCCUGCCCUGGUUCCCGGAAAGCCCCAGGUACCUCCUCAUUGAUCGCGGCGAUAAGGAGGCGUGUGUCCGGGCUCUCGGAAGACUCCGUGGGGGCAAGGUUCCCCCUUCGGAGAUGGAAGAGAUGCUUCAAGAGCAACAGCAAAUGACGGCGGCCAUAGCUCCUGGAUCUUCAGCUCCUUCCAAGACGCCUUGGACCCUGUUCAAGGAUCGUGACCUACGAUCCCAGCUCAAGACGGUUAUGACUGCCAGCAGCGCCAUGAUGCUCUGCGGCAACGAUUCGAUUUACUUCUACGCGUCCUACAUAUUCCUCGAGGCGGGGAUCUCGCCGGGGAAAGUUCAGUAUAUCACCAUUGGAACGGGGGCGUCCGAGCUGACCGCUUCCAUCCUUAGCAACCUCCUGAUCGAACGCGCGGGCCGCAGGUACCUUCUCAUAGGCGGCUACAGCCUCAUGUCCUGUUGGAGUAUAGUCUUCACCAUUGCUCUCAUCCUUCAAAGCCGGGGGGUGGCAGGGAUGCCUUAUCUCAGCAUGGCGUGUGUGUUUUCCUACAUCCUCAGCUUCGGCUUGGGUCCCGCCGGGGUCACGGGGAUCUUACCGGCUGAGAUCUUCGACCAGGCCGCUCGUCCGGCGGCCUACAUGAUCGCCGGCUCCCUCAUGUGGAUCAGCCUGUUCGCGGUCGGAAUGUUGUUCCCUUUCAUUGUGAAUACCCUGGGGAACUACUGCUUCCUGCCGUUCCUGGUCGUGUGCUCGGUGUCUGCUGUGCUUCUAGGGCUGAUGUUACCCGAAACAAAGGGCAAGACUCUGGCUCAGAUCACAGCGGAGUUCGAUAGGAAAAAUGGAAGGGAAAAUAGGGAGAGUCCUCACAGCAAGGUUGAUGAGCCUCUGAACAAUUACCAACUAGGAUCGCUCUCCAGCUCUUACUGGGGGAUCCUGGAGCGCUCCCAAGUCAAUUGA